AUGAGUGUGCAAACGGGAUGCGAGGCCACCUGGAGCCGCUAUUUCCCGACGACCCUCAAGGGAUUAGCGCUCAGUUGGUUCUCGGGCUUAACACCCGGCAUUAUCACCAACUUUUCAGUUCUGGAAGCAUUAUUUCACCAACAUUUCAUCGCUGGACGUAGGCACAAGAAGACCAGUAUCCACCUAAUGUUAAUCAAGCAACAAGAGCACGAGAGCCUCGCUGAUUAUAUCAAGCGGUUCAAUGAAGAAUCACUGAAGAUUUCGGAUCUUCAAGACGGGGUAGCGUUCACUGCCCUAAUGUCAAGACUAUGGCCGGGAAAGUUCAGAUGGUCCCUCGCUGAGAACGAAGUUACCACUUUCACCGAGGCCAUGAUUCGGGCUCAAAAGUUCAUCCAAGCCUCCGACAUUUGCAAACCUGUCGGAGAGAAGUGUAAGAAGAAGAAGGAAGAACUCCCUUACUGGGAAUCAAACAAAAACAUGAGAAGCAAUCAACAGCUGCUCCCGAGAGUGGUAGAUAAUGGGAACGACCCUCAUUUCUACAGAAAAAGGCGAGAAAUCUAUCUUGAUCUCAAGCACAAGUUGGUAUUACCUAUUCCCCCACCUAUAAGAACUUCAAAAGAUAGGCGGGACCAGCGGUUAUGGUGUGAAUACCAUCGGGAAUGCGGUCACACCAUGAAAGACUGUCGGGAAUUGAAGAAGGCCUUGGAUCACCUAGAUGAUCAAGGAAAAUUGAAUAGGUACAUCAAACAUCCCCGAGAAGAGAAGGGGAAGGAAAAGGAAACAAGAAAUGACAGCGAUAACACUGAUGGCUAUGUCGGUGUCAUUGUCGGGGGCCAUGCCUCGGGAGGGUCAUCUGGCCGAGCUCGAAAGGCCCACCUUCAAUCUAUGACACAACGGGCCCACCAGAACAAGAUAAAGGCAUCUAUCUCGGUAUAUCAGCUGCUGCUGCAAUAUGAAACUGAUGAUGGACAAGUCGCGAAGAUAUAUGGUGAUCAGCAAACAGCCCGAGCGUGCUACACCAACAUCUUCUGA